AUGCCGUUAAUAAUUCAAAAGAAAAUUAAAUUACUAAAGUCUCCGCUUAAUUUAGUAAUUAUAGAUUCUAAAAUAUUCGUCUCUACUAAAAGUAAUAAAGUUAUUGAGACAAAUUUAAACUUGUCAAAACAAAGAUCAAUUGUAUUUAAAGAAAAUAUUAAUAGUAUUAUACAAGAUGGUCAUACAUUAAUUUGCUUGUCAAAAAAUAAAUCUGUUUGUAAAUAUAAUAUAUUAACUGAUAAGAAACACUAUAUAAACAUUAAAUAUGACAUAUCAUACAUUAAGAAAACGGAUAAUAAUACUAAAUAUUUAUUAGGCCUUACUGGUGGUAAAGUUUUGUAUUCUACAUUUGAUUUUAAUCCGAUAAGAAUGUUGUAUGGUUGUACUGCAAAAAUAUUAGAAAUUGUUGAUGACAUUAAAGGAAAACUUUUUAUUGCUAACAAUAAAUUUAUAAUGAUAGAUAUUAAGACGGGGAAACUUAAAAUACAAAAUAUUGAUUUUACGACUUCUUGUUGUUUUUUAAGUAAAAAAACACUUGUAUUAGGUACUGAUAAUGGUAUUUUUUUAUAUGAUACUGAAAAAGAUAGAAUAAUUAAUAAGCUUGAAUUAAAUUCGCCGGUAAGCUGCUUAAAAAUUUUAGGUGAUAAGCUUUUGGUAGGUUGUGAAAAUGGAGUUUUUUAUAUUUUUAAAAUUUCUAAUUUCGAGAUGAAACUAAUUGAAGAAGUUUUUUUAUAUGGGAUUAUUAAUUUUAUAGAAACAGUUAAUAAUGUAGUUUACAUUGGCGUAGGAAAAGAAGAGAGAAACGGUGCAUUUGGUAAGAAUAGAAACUUUAAAAAUUUACUUUACAAGUGCGUUAUGAAUUAA